CGGAUAUCCCAUUUUAAGUGUCUGGAUUUGCGUUUAACCAACAAGUAAACAAUGAGAUUAAUAAACAGAACGGUUCGGCUUUAGCUCGGAUUCUGCGUCACCGCAUCUCUGCAUCAAUGGCUCCUCAUUAUUGUGCCGUGUGUCGGCAAACUACCUUCGCCGGGAAGGGACACAUCUUCGGGAAAAGUCACCAGAGCCGAUUGAGAGUGGUUCUUCUCAAAUUCCUAGAGAAAGUGAAGGAAGCUCGCCGCACACUCAAAAAGCCCCAAGUAGAGAAGUUCGACUCCAGCCAACACCAGCAGACAUUCUGGUGCUACUGCUGUGGGCUCGAAGUAGACAGAAAUGUUACAGACGGCAACAUGACAGUGCUUUAUGGAGGCUUGUUGGAACACAUGGCCACCCCAGAACACAGGAAGAAUACACACAAGUUCUGGUGGGAAAAUAAAGCCGACCCCAAGCUUCGAGACAAGGUCAUCAUCACAGAGGAGGAAACUGAAAGGUUUAAAGCUGAGCUGCCACAAGUUUUGGAAUCAUUUGUGGAGGAGGAGGAUGAAUUCAUUAAACAGCAAGCUGACCAUAUCCGGGCCCAGGAGAAGCAUCGUCAAGAGGUCCUUCAGUCUCUAUUAGAGCGUGAAGCAGACCUGGAGUCGUUCAAUGGUCCCAAUGGCACAGCCAUGUCUGUGGAGGAUUCUGUCAGCUCGCAGUUUACUUCUCAGGGAUCAGACCUGCAGCCAGGGAGCAGCUUCGUCAAGUCACUGGUCAAAGCCCCGUGGGCGGCAGCGGGACAGGGCCUGACUUUCAUCGGCCAUCAGGAUUCAGCAAACAGAGGAAAUGUUCACACAGGCGGUGUCCCACCUUGGCUCCAGGACGAUCCUUUGGAGGGGCCCUCUGGGGCUAAAGCACAUCCAGAGAUCGGCCCAUCGAUCCAAGGGUUCCUCAAACAGAAGGAGCAAGAGAAGCUGAAGAAGCUUCCCCCGAACAGAGUCGGUGCCAACUUUGAUCACAGCUCACAGACAGACGCAAACUGGCUUCCCUCAUUUGGAAGAGUGUGGAACAGCGGCCGACGCUGGCAGUCCAGGGACCAGUUCAGAGAAGAAGAAGGGAAGAAGAAGAGACCAAAGAGGAAGCAGGAGCAGAACUCAGAUGGGUCAAAGCAAAGUAAAACAUCUGGACAGCUGACAAACUCUGACGGCACUUAAAACUGAGUUUGAGAGUUCCUGUGUGAGGGGAUGUGUAUAUAGUUCAUAUAGAUGGCAGGAGGUGAAUGAGGUUUCUACUCUGUGUCUCUGAGAAGUUGUACCUGCCUUGAUAGACACCUUUGUGAAAAAACGUAAACAUAUUUACCCAAUGGGAACUGUUGUAUUAUGUUAACAGUGAUGUAUAUUUUGUAUAUAAAGAACUCUUUGAAAUUAGUUUCCUAUCCACAUUCUUCCACCAAGUCCAGGACUCAGAUCUUCAAGUGGCUUUACCACAGCUCUCUGAACUGUGAGGACAAUGUGAACAGCAGGGGGCGCAAGUCACCGUUCUGACAAAGGCACCUGCUGUGCGUUCAGAGAAGAGUCGAUAUGAAGGGAAUCUGUUGAAGGAUGUCAACGGGAAACCGACACGUGUAUUCAAGUGCUCCUCGGAAAGUCCAGUUUCCCAGUCGUUGUCGUUCUGACAACGACUUAAAUGUCUCUGCCACAGUUUACCACAUUGCAGAUACAGUACAGAUCGUUUACAGACUGGAGGACGACUUGCCUGUGGACACUAGGAAUGUUUAGCAACUGAUUAACUUAAGUUUCUGCUUGUGUAAAUAAAUUAUCAGUACCAAA